CGCUAUGAUUCCGGCGUCCAGUGGCUGAGUGACAGAGGUAGAGUUCGCUGGCAACGCUUCCACCCUGAUAUUAGGGAAGUCCUGAGGUGACCGCAUUGCCACUGUAUGCGAGCCAUGGUUGUCUACUAAUAGGAGAAUCUUCCUGUCAGGAUCCUUGGCUUCGAUGUCGUGCUGUGUAUGCUUCAGCCAUGCUAAGAAAGCACCCCCGGUCAUGUAGUCUGGGCGCCCCUUCCUUGACCGUUUCUUUUUCUUAUCUUCGCCCUCCUCCCUCCAGCCGCUGCCUCAUCCGUCCUGGCUAUCCUGCUCUGGCUUCCAUGGUAGCACGUCCACCUGGCUCCGUAAAUGGGCACCUACGCCAGUCUUGAACCCGAUUGGAAGACUAGUGCCUAACAAUAUAUAAUCGCAUCAGAACGCUAUAUGCAUAAAGAUCAUGAUGAUGAUGACAAC